AUGUCUUUCCUUCAUAAUCAUUCUUGUGAGUGCGUUAAGUCAGAAUUGGAUUUGUUUGCACUACCGUCUACACAAACUAGCAUUGAAAAUGGAUUGUGGAUUCAUUAUAAACCAAUUUCAUCUCUUGGUGAUGAUGGACCUAUCGAGUUUCAAGUUCCUGGGACCGGCGAUGACUACAUAGAUUUGUCUCAUACAUUACUCCACAUAAAGGCAAAAGUAUUAAAUCAAGAUUCAACUAACUUGGUAUCUACUACAAUAGUAGCACCUGUAAAAAAUUGGCUGCAUUCACUUUUUAGUCAACUUGAUGUUUAUUUAAACCAAAAACUUGUAUCACCACCUAAUAAUACCUAUGCAUAUCGAGCAUACAUGGAAACCCUUUUAAACUAUGCCCCUGCUGCUAAACAAUCUCAUCUUACUUGUAGUCUUUGGUAUGAGGAUACAGCAGGAAAAAUGGAUUCUACAGAUGGUAAAAACAUAGGAUUUGUUAAAAGACAGGAAUUGAUUAGUGAAAGUAAGGAAAUAGAAAUGAUUGGUCAUCUUCACGGUGACAUUUUUAACCAAGAUAAAUUUUUAAUUAAUGGUGUUGAAAUGAGUGUUAAAUUGGUUCGAUCAAGAGAGAGUUUUAAUUUAAUUGUUGGGUCAAACGAUGUAAAGUUUAAAGUUUGCAUUACGGACGCAACUCUUAUUGUUCGACGAGCACGAAUUAAUCCAAGUGUAUUACUCGCACAUCAAAAAGUUUUAGCUUCUACCACUGCUAAAUAUCCUAUUAGAGCUGAAGUAAAAGUUUUAACAAUUCCUUCGGGUGUUCAAGGAAAAACUCUUGAUAAUAUAUUUUUAGGACAGGUACCGAAAAGAUGUAUAAUUGGAUUUGUGAACAAUUCUGCAUUUAAUGGUUCCCUUACUAAAAAUCCAUUUAACUUUGAAAACUAUGGUAUUAAUUCUUUCAGCUUAUAUAUUGAUGGUCAACAAAUACCUUCAAAAGCUUUGCAACCAUCUUUUAAUAAUAGCAUAUUUACAUCAGCAUAUCAUACUCUAUUCUCGGGAACUGGUAUUCACUUUCUUAAUGAAGGAAAUGGAAUCUCUUGUGAACAGUAUGGCAAAGGUUACUGUCUAUUAGCAUUUGACUUAACUCCUGAUUUAUCAGCUAACUCAUCAACUCAUUGGAAUCUCAUAAAGCAUGGUAGUGUAAGAAUAGAAGUACGAUUUGAAUCCUCAUUAAUACAAACAAUUAACUGUAUAGUUUAUGCUGAGUUUGAUAAUAUUAUUGAGAUAGAUAAAAACAGAAAUGUUACUGUAGACUAUAGUAGUUAA